UGGGAUUAUGGCAGUCAUUUGUGACAGGUCACAGGUUUCAUCAAUUGUUGAAACACAAGGAAUUCCCACAAAGGACAUCUGUAGGGCACAAGCACCCAACUUCCUGCUCCCAGCAGUGACUGGUGCUCCAAUGGAAAGUCUUUCCUUUGCAUUGUCAUCACAGAUUGCUCCAUAUCUGACAAGCGUAUGGUAUCUGACCUGUAGCUGUCUUGAUGGGAUAGUGGCAGAUGAGCUCUUGCCAUUUGCGUGGCUUUGCUCAGUUCCCAGGCUUCAUACCUUUCUCUCUCUGCCUUUUGUUAAAUGUAGAGGUGAUGGGAGGCACUCCUAAACUUGCAAAGAAAGGGAGACACAAAGGAGUGCCUGCGUGUCUGCUCAUCUGUGAGCUCUGUGUGCUCGUUAGGGGCUGGGCAGCUCUCUGACUUGUACACGUCUGUAGAAACUUGCCCUCUCUGGUGAGUGAACAAGCCCAGGAGAUUCAGUUCCUGAGGAAGGGGGUAGCUUGCCUGUCUGCGGAGACUGGCUCAGUGACAAAGCUGAUCCUGCGCUUUGGGGAAGACGCAGGGAUGAGCAGAGCUUUGGGCAGGUCACUGUUGUGUGGGCUGCCCGUGGGAUUUCCCUGCUGACCCCAGCCUCAUCUCUUGUCAAGGAUUGCUGGUUGAGGUGUGGCACCUUGUGACAAAUGAUCAUAUUUAGCAGUUUGGGCUUAGGUGAAAUUUGCUAUGAAUCACAGUUCCUUUCAUGCUUCUACAGAAGUGGGCAAUCCUGACAAGGGUGUGCCAGAUCAGUGUUACACUACAGUUUCUAUUUACUACUUCCCAGUACACAUGUUCUCCCAUUUCCUCACUGGGUGAGGACUCCCAGGUUCACAGCCUGUGUGAGGCUCCUCAUUCCCUCAGCAGAUUUCCUGUUCCUGUUAGCCCCUUGAUUAGCCCCUCCCCAUUCUCCCCCUCCUCUUCUUUAGCUUUUAACUGUUCUGAAAAAUAUACAAGCUGCGGGGUCUCCCACCUCUCAGCCAUGCUGAUUGUAAGGUCAGAGCCACGAGCUGACACUGUGCAGGCCCAAGCCUCUGUGAGGUCAUGACUGGGUGCCACAAUCUGGCCCACUGAGCCUCCACAUGGCAUUGUUGGCAGUGGCUGCCAAUGCAUGUGGAGAGCUUGUGCUGCUAUCCUGGUGGCUGUGCCUGGGGCAGGCGCACUUCUCCUGCAGACCGGGUUUAGGCUUGUUGCUCAGUGUCCACCUUCUGCGUAGACAUUCCUGCUGCUGAAGGGGAUACUGAGAGGGGGACAGCUUGAUUCCUCCAUGAGGAGGAGAAAGACUCCCCGGAGACCAGAAGGGACACAGAGGGCCCAUGGAAGGGUGAGGGUGAGAAGAGCCGGCAGGAACUUGGAAGAGGCAGAAAUGGAGAGCAACCGGUUCCCAGAAAACAGGUGCACCCACUCUGCGGUGGCCCGGGCAGGGCCAGCCAGCUUCAGAAGCAGUGCUUCAUGUAAUGAGGUGUCCGUCAUCAUCAGGUAUCUGAGAGAGUCACCAACCAUGGUCUCCCUCAGGAGACUCUUCCAAAGAGCCAUCUCUGUGAAGGAGAUAGCCAAACGGAGCUCUUGGAUCUGUCUGGUCCUUUUUCUGAUCUUCGUAUCAUCUCUCACUGGUUCUUACACUGGAGUCUUGUUUGCACGGCGAUUUUGGAUAACGGAUUUCAUGCAGAUGCUGUCGCUGCAGACUGUUCCAUGCAUAAUGAACUCAGGGAACUUGCUGACUGAUCAAACCCAGGGGAUUGAAAACCAGAAGAAGGGGGUGCCCUACCUGACUGAAGAUCAUGGCACUGUGAUGAAGGUCAUCCAGUACUUGAGAGGGGCAGUGUCUGUGAAGCCUAGGGAAAACUGCUUUGCAAAAUCUGACUGGGUUUGGAAAAGUGCAGGGGUCUCCAUAGACCUGCAGAGAUCAUCUGGGCCUGCGUGGCACUGCAGGGUGGCUUGGUUCCUGUGCUCCCCAAACAUGCUGGAGACCUUUGAGCAGGUGGACAUUUCCCCGGGUUUCUGCUGGCCUUUGAAAGCAUCUCUGAACUCGGUGGUCUUCAACUUGCCUUCAAAAGUCCUUCCUACUGCAGUCACUGUGCAGCAUGACACAGACAUAACCCUGUGGGACAUCAGCAGUGCUCCCCGUAAUUUUGUUGUCUUUGGUUUGGAUAAGGAAGGAGAAAAUGUAGCUAUACUUGGGAAAUUCACCUACGAUAUCAGUAAAGAGCUGACCCAGACCUUUGAACUGCAGACCGGAACUCCCAGAGCCUUUUGGUACAUAAAGUUCGUUGUACUCAGCAACUGGGGAAGUGCAGGACAAACCUGUAUUUAUCGGGUGCAGGUUCAUGGCAAGACAGUGGGAACAAAUGACAUCAGCUGAAGACAUUGAUAGGCACUGUAGAAAGAGAUUCUUUAAAAACUAAAAUACAAAAUUAUCCCAGA